CGAACCGGACGAAAACAAUAGCAGGGGUGCCAAAACCCGCCGCCCCACGUCGCUGGAGAAACCGUCCGCUCUUUGUUUCGCACACGUAAACCUUUAAUCAGCUCGCGCACACACACGCAUACACGUUUUAUUGUGUAAAAAGAGCGACAGAGAGAGAUAGAGAGAGAGAGCUGUAUAGAAAGACAGUCAGUGAGUGAGAGGGAUGUGGGCUGUGGUACGGGUGCGCUUGGCAGUUCAAAUCUAGCAGGCGAUUAGCACGGCCACUGUAGCCAGGAUUCUGAGCCCAUUCCACCACGCUCGUGUGUCUGCACGCUGGGAGGCCGAGUUUCUGGUCCGGUUUGGUCCGCUUAGACCCCGCGAUUUUUCACAACGAACGGUGCAACGGAACGGUGGUGGGUGGUGGGAGAGCAGCAGCCAAUAAACAAAAAGAAGAAGAAAAAACAUCAGCCAGCCAGCCCUGCAAUAGCAGAAGGAGCAGAGCACAGGCACACACAGGCGCGCACGUCUGUUAUUUCGAUUGUUCCUUCCCACUCCCAUCCCCGUUUGCCCUUCUGGUCCGUUCGCCGUGACGCUUCGAGCACGGGGGGAGCAACUCGUGCAUUGUGUGUGAGUGGUGUGUGAGUGAUUGUGUGUCGGGAAUAUCGUGAAACAGGGGCAGCGAGGCGUUCGCCAGCAGCAAUCAACAAAAGUAAAACAAACGUCGACGUGUUCCAGUGACUUCCGCCAGGCGUGACACCGCACCACGCAGCAAACGUCGCUGAUCCAACUUCCAGAUUUCGUCGCCGAGGUCGGUGCUGAUUACGUUCUGCCUCUUCUCCGUCUCGCUGCUAGAGCCGUGUGCGAUAGCCGGAGCUCGCGGAGAAGCGUGCAAGUGUGCAAGUGUGUAUGUGUGUGUGAGCUGUGUCCGGUACCGGGCAAAGACAGGACAGGAGGGCACACGGUGCGCUGCGGCUCAAUAACAACAUCUACCUGCAAUCCCCCAGCAUAUCCGAAACACGACGACUGGCAGCGACGACACGGCAAUCACCAUGAAGCUGGAAUCGCGACCAAUCACGGAGAACCCGAUGCAUAUAAAGCGUGCCUCCACGGAGAAGCUGCGUGAAAUCUUCGGCAAAUAUGCGACCCAACAAAUCAACGGCGAACCGUACAUGACCAGCGCAGACUUCGUCCGAAGCUUUCUCGGACAAUCGUACAAUGAGGAAUCCAUCAAACUGAUCGCCGGCAUUGCCGACACGAGCAAGGACGGGCUGAUCUCGUUCGCCGAGUUUCAGGCGUUCGAGGGGCUGCUCUGCACCCCGGACGCCCUGUACAAAACCGCGUUCCAGCUGUUCGACCGUAACGGCAACGGCUCGGUCACGUACAGUGAGUUUGUCGAUGUAUUCAAAAAGACAGAUCUGCACGCUAAAAUCCCGUUCAAACUGGACGGCCCUUUCAUACAGCUUUACUUCGGCAAGGACCGCCAGCGGGUAAUCAAUUACGUCGAGUUUAGCCAGUUUUUGCACGACUUCCACGAGGAGUGUGCAAUGGAGGCGUUCCGCCUGAAGGACACCUCCGGCUCCGGGUUUAUCUCGGCGCUCGACUUUCAGGACAUUAUGGUGAACGUGAAGAAGCACCUGCUGACGAGCGAGGUGCGGGAUAAUCUGAUCGCGGUUACCGAGGGGCACCGGGUAAGCUUUCCCUACUUUAUGGCAUUUAACUCGCUGCUCAACAACAUGGAGCUGAUCAAGCGCAUUUACCUGAACGCGACCAGCGGCAACCGGGCAGAACCGAUUACCAAGGACGAGCUGCUGCACUCCGCCCAAACGAUGAGCCAAAUUACGCCGCUCGAGAUCGACAUCCUGUUCCAGCUAACCGGCGUCAUCCAUCAGAGCGGUACAUCCAUUUGGCGGCGGCAUAGCAAAACGAUAGACAAAAAUAGACGGAUCGUGUACAAUGAUCUUAGCAACAUUGCGCCGGAACAUUACAUCAAAAACAUCACCCACCGGCUAGCGGAAAUCAAAGCCGUCGAAUCGCCCGCCGACCGAUCCUUCCUGAUACAGAUGCUCGAGAGCACGUACCGAUUCACACUCGGAUCCGUCGCCGGCGCGGUCGGUGCUACAGCCGUCUAUCCGAUCGAUCUGGUGAAGACGCGAAUGCAAAACCAGCGCACCGGGUCCUUUAUCGGCGAGGUGGCCUACCGGAACUCGUGGGACUGCUGCAAGAAGGUCAUCCGGCACGAAGGCUUCCUGGGGCUGUACCGUGGGCUGGUGCCGCAGCUGAUGGGCGUUGCGCCCGAGAAAGCGAUCAAGCUGACGGUGAACGAUUUUGUGCGCGACAAGCUGACGGAUAAGCAGGGCAACAUUCCGCGCUGGGGCGAGGUGCUUGCCGGCGCUUGUGCUGGUGGAUCGCAGGUCAUUUUCACCAACCCGCUCGAGAUCGUGAAAAUUCGGCUACAGGUGGCGGGCGAGAUUGCGGGCGGUGCGAAGGUCCGCGCGCUCAGCGUGGUCCGCGAGCUCGGCCUGUUCGGGCUGUACAAGGGGGCGCGGGCGUGCCUGCUGCGCGACGUACCAUUUUCCGCCAUCUACUUCCCGAUGUAUGCCCACACGAAGGCAGCGUUCGCGGACGAGGAGGGCUACAACCAUCCGCUGACGCUGCUGGCGGCGGGUGCGAUCGCCGGCAUACCGGCCGCCUCGCUCGUGACGCCGGCGGACGUGAUCAAGACGCGGCUGCAGGUGGUUGCCCGCUCCGGCCAGACAACGUACAGCGGGGUGAUGGAUGCGGCUAGGAAGAUCAUGGCCGAGGAGGGUCCGCGUGCCUUUUGGAAGGGAACAGUCGCCCGCGUGUUCCGUUCGUCGCCCCAGUUUGGUGUCACGCUCGUAACGUACGAGCUGCUGCAGCGCAUGCUGUAUGUCGACUUUGGCGGUUCGCGACCGGCCGGCUCGGACGUGGCGAAGGCGAAGGUCGACGUGGCACGCGUCAACCCGGACCACAUCGGCGGCUACCAGGCGGCACUGCCCAUGCUGAACGGCAUCGAGACCAAGUUCGGCCUCAGUCUGCCCCGCUUCGGCGCACCCGCGGCCGUGAAGCGUCAGACCUCAUGAUAAGGCUCCUCCCUGCUGCCGUCCCGGAUGACCGCCUUUCCCCCCGGGGGGAGACGUGCGAACCGGCGCCGCUCUAGUUACGAUAUCGAACUUCCUACCACGAGAAAACAAACCAGAACUACAAAUAUAUCUAGUACGACUAUUACGAUUACUACUACUACUGCUGCUGCUGCUGCUGCUGCUACAGCUACCACCACACACUGCUGCUGUUGCGACAACCCACACUACCGCGUGCUAGUAACGUUAACUGUUCAAACGAAUUUAUCUCUCACCUAACGGCACACAGGCCCUUGCGCUCACCUCGUACUGGGAAAACAAUUAUGGAAUUGAACCCAGCCACAGCCAUCGCUCCCUCUCUCCCACUGACACGGUGGACCGUUUACUUUUUUCGUAUUUUCCCUUUUCCACGACCAUUUUUUGGAACGCAUUUUUAUACCGACUGCCUUAUUUCCUUACAUCGGGGUUGUUUUUUUUUUCCUUUUUCGUUAACAUCAAUCAUUGACGCAGCAGAGGGGAGAGGCGCGGGCAGGAGCUGGGAGGUAUUUCGGGAGGUUCGCGGAAGACAACAGGUAGCAGUUCAAACCUCGUCUCGGCAUUUCGACUCAUUUCGGCACAUUCUGGUACUGCAUUUGCACGUGACACACAUCACACACCCCAUGCUCACACAGUUACUGGCAACUUUAAACCAGCGAUAUACAUUUAAAACACACACACACAUACAGACACGCCAUAAAAAGGAUUCUUACCUCCGCGCGUGUGUGUAUGUGUGUGCUUGUUUGUGGCAGGAACGCAUUAUAACCGUGCACUGUAGUGAAAGUGGGGAAAUGAACGCGAGGAAGUAAAGCAAA